GUUAAACUGAUAUGUGACCCAGUCAUGGUGUUUUAAUGCUCAAAAUGAUUGAAAAGAUUAAAACUACUGACAACAGCCCAAAACUACUGAGAGAUGUCCUCCAUACUACUGAGAAGCAAUCGGUAGGGUUAACAGGUCUGUUGUGGAUGUUUUGGUGUCUCUGCACUGUGCAAAUAGUGCAUUCCUGGAAUGACCAUUUCUACAAUGUCACAGAUGGAUGUUUGAGAAAUUUUUGGUGUCCGUCAGAAAGUGACAACUUUUUACCAGGAAUUGCAUUUCGAUGUGAGGAAGGCACCUUUUACCCAUUCACAGAUGCCAACAGUGCUGAUGAUUGUAUGCCUUGUCCAGUGGGUAAGAUUUGCUCACCAGGAUUGGACCCAGAGCCUUGCCCUAAAGGCUUUUCAUGCUUAGGAGGUCCCGGUGUUCAUCCAUGCAUAGUUGGAAAUUGUUACAGUAGCAAUUCAACAAGAACAACGACAAAAACUUUCAGAGUGGCGCUCAUAUCUUCAGCCUCUAACCACUUCAAUAUUCACGCUGUUGAAGUUGGCCGCUUUCAGGUGUCUGAAGGGUUGUGCUGUUCAGUCCACCUAUUUUUUUUUGAUGGAAACAUGUUAAUGGUAGACAGAAAACCUUUCUACUGGCAUCAUCUGUAUGGGAUCGACGCGACUGCAGUUAAUCUAUACAUGAUGAAAAUCCCUCCCCGCCACCUUGUAGUCGUUAUGGUUAUAAAUAACGCUUUUUACUCACCGAUUUUCGGUGGUUUUCGAGAGUAUUUUCGAUCAUUGGGCAGUACAUUUGCACCUGGAAUAACAGAAGGACAGAGUUGGGUCUUCGCCUAUGUUUCCAACACAAGCCAAAGAUGGGAGAGUUUUUCAACUGCUUAUUAUUCUAAUACCGAUUUGAGGUUCAAUCUAACUACAACACGAACUGUUGUAUCAGAUCCUGACUCGAAAUUAGUUUCAAUGAGGGUGUCAUCAUCACUGCACUCUGGAGACAUCUACCAAGUAGUACCAGCCUUGUUUGGUUAUGAUCUGUUUACUCGGCCAUCCGUUUCUGGCAAGUUGAGACAGGCAACUCCAUUCGACAUGUGCACACCACCUGAAGUCCCAUUAGAUGAAAGAAUAGCUGUGGUUUAUCGAAGCAAAGCAUGUACUUUUUCAAAGCAGGCGCUGAAUGUUCAAUCUGCAGGGGGAAAAGGGGUCAUUAUAAUUGAUUAUUACUACGCCCCUCUGGUCAACAUGACUAUACCCCGGUUCAUGGCUGCAUUGAGUGGUGUCGAUACCAAUCAAAUACAUAUUCCAGUAGUGUUCAUGGGACAACAUGACGGAAUAAAUUUCCUAGAUGUGAUGUGGGUGGAUCCAGAACUUAUAAUUGUGCUAGAGUCUAACCAUGUGACCUCAGGUACCUGUCCAUAUGCCACAGGUGUUGUUGAUCCUCUAGGGGUACAAUAUAGUCCACCAGGAUCUUACAUUGUUGAAGGUACCAUUGAAUUGUGCCCACCAGGGACAUACCAGCCAGAACCUAAUUGGCCAAGGUGUCAUCCAUGCCCAAUGGGUUACUUCUGUGCAACAAGUGGACUUACUGCAGUUUCUGGGAAGUGUGGGGCAACAUACAGUUGUAGACAUGGGGCCUCUGACCCUAAUGUUCCUUGUGGUUUUGGGAAUAUUUGUCCAGACGGAUAUCGGCAACCUUGUGGAAAGGGAUACUAUCAAGACAACCCUCGCGGACAUUAUUGCACCCUCUGUCGACCUUCUUUCUACUGUCCGCUGGAACUCAAUUUAUGGGAAAAUGCGUGCCAAUCUGGUAGAUGUCCAACUGGUGGCAGUUAUCGUUUUGACCAAUCCAAAGGGCAAGGCAAUUGCUUACGUGGCUACAAUGGCGUUAACGGAACUUGUGAACUAUGUCCAAAGGGCCAUGCUUGUGAUGUAGAUGGUACUUUGACGCCACAACUUUGUGAGCCUGGGUGGGAUUGUGGAGAAGGGGAGAUAAGUGUUACUCCGAAAGUUUGUCCACUCGGUCAUUAUUGUGACCACAGAGUCCAGUUGGGCAAAGAAAUAAAUCUAUGGCAGUUUAAUCCGGAAUACUAUUCAUCAAGUGCUAACGACAUAAGAGACACAAAUUCAAGGUGGUUAGGACCACCAAACCUCACUGUGUAUACAAGGCAUCGUGCGCAUACGAGUGCUUUUUACGCGUCCCUGCCUAUCACGCUGAGAUCUAGAAUGGUUUUACAGACGAGCAAACUCGUGAUUAAGAACGCCAUAUAUGAAGACAGUGGAAUCUAUUGGUUUAUGCUUGGUUCAAUUAUGACCCAUGCCUAUAAUGUUAAAAUAACAACAGAAGGUACUAGAGGGGGAAGUAGGAUUCCCUGUCCAGUAGGGCAUUACCAAGACCUUAUCAAAUCGAUUGAGUGUAAGAAAUGUCCAAUCGGUACACUGUGUAAUAGCACUGGUAUCAUCUACCCAAUGGUGAAGUGCAGUGGAUCUGUCUGUCUGCAAGGGAAAGUGGCUCUUUGUCAGCAGUACUGCCCACAUGGUUAUGAGACCACAUGUCCUGACGGUACAAUUCCAAGUAACUUUACACACUGUGCACCAUGCCCAGAGGCAAAGCUGUGCUACAACAACCAGGUGCUGCCCUGCCCCCCAGAUAACUACUGUGUUGGUGGAAAACAGUUCAUAUGUUUGCCUGGGCGUAGAUGUGUUGAUGGGAAACUGUCAUACUGUCAAGCGGGCCACUAUGCUGUCACAACAAAUGGAACCACCGUAUGUGCCCCUUGUCCUUUUAACAAGGUUUGCCCGCACAAGGUUUCGGAACCGUUACACUGUGUUUCUGAGUUUCAUUUAUGCUCGCAAGGAACCUCCAGAAUUUAUCAAGAAGCCUGUCCUUUGGGAUACAAAUGCAAUGUAUCUUUGGAAAGCGGCAAACAGGCUUGUGAGAUAGGGGAAUAUGGCAAGUUCCAUGGUAUAUGUGUAACUUGUCCAGCUGGCCGAUUUUGUGAUGUAAUUGCUCUGGUUACACCGCAUGUCUGCCCUGCUGGCUACUAUUGUCCAACUGGCACCGUCACACCCGCAGUCUGCCCUGCUGGCUUCUAUUGUCCAACUGGCACCGUCACACCCGCAGUCUGUCCUGCUGGCUACUAUUGUCCAACUGGCACGGGCACACCCACAGUCUGUCCUGAAGGCUACUAUUGUCCAACUGGCACCGUCACACCCGCAGUAUGUCCUGAAGGCUGCUAUUGUCCAACUGGCACCGCCACACCCGCAGUCUGUCCUGAAGGCUACUAUUGUCCAACUGGCACUGGCACACCCACAGUUUGUCCUGAAGGCUACUAUUGUCCAACUGGCACCGUCACUCCAGAUGCCUGUCCUGCUGGCUUCUAUUGUCCAACUGGAACCUUGACACCAAAUGUUUGUCCUGCUAGCUACUACUGUCCAACUGGCAGCAUUGCACCGGUUUCCUGUCCUGCCGGCUACUAUUGUCCAACUGGCACCAGCACACCGGGUUUCUGUCCUGCUGGCUACUAUUGUCCAUUAGGAACGGGUACACCUCAUGUAUGCCCUCAUGGCUUCUAUUGUCCAACUGGCACCGUCACUGGAUUGCCGUGUGUUCCUGGACAUUUAUGCCCAAAAGGUUCAGGCAAGCCUGUUCCCUGUCCUCUGGGAACAUAUGUCCCGAAUAUUAUGGCCACCGAGUGCAGCCUAUGUGCAGAGGGCUAUUUUUGUCCUAAUACGUACACUGAGAUCGAGUGUGUAUGGCAUAUAUAUUGUAAACCAGGAUCUAUAAGAGAGGAGUGCGAAGUAACAGAUCUUGGAAACAUUAGUUCAAGUCUUGAAAUAAGGUGUAUUCCUGGCUGCCAGCUUUAUAUGACCGCCAUCGUACCAUUGGAGUUUACAGUUCUUUCCCAGAAUACCUUGAAGAUCAUGCAGUACUCAUGGACCCUUCAUGAAUGUCGUAGCCUUGACCUGAAGGACUGCCGUUACUGUCAGCAUCAUACAAUCAAUGUAGGACACCUGUAUUCAGUUGCUGUCGAUAAACAGGCUUUAAAUAUAAGCUGGGCUUAUGGUCUAGUUUAUAUCACAGUCUCUUACGAAAAUGGAGACAAAGAGUCGGCCCACCUCAUGUGGAAGUAUUUUGAAAAACGAACAAACAAAGAAUGCUACACCGUACCUACAAGCGGUAUAACGCUAAUACAUCGUUUUGACAUCUACUGCAGAGAUACAAAUGAGGGCAAUGCAAGCAAUGAAAGCUUGGAUAUGACAACAGCCCAGUUUACAUACAAUUUAAUGACUAUGUUUGAAUUUCAAGAGAUAUUGAUCAACGUUGCUGACAGCCAUGAUCAGACGGACUUGUAUCUGAUGGCAGGAAACAGCAGCCGGGGUCAUAUACUGGACCUGCACAUGAUAUGUCUCUAUCAAGAUCAUCAGGUCUGGGACUUGUGGUUCACCACUCAGGUAUUUGAACCAAAGCUUUUAAAUACAAACAUGAUACUUGAAAUGGAGGAUGUGGCUACAACGGUAUCCUUUGAAGGAGAAGAUUUCUACAGCUCAUUGCAGAAAGUUACAAGUGUAGUACAUAUGAUGAAUCUGGAAGUGGAAGUUGUAAACAAAACAAUAACAACAACAGAGGAUGGGGAGAUGACCAUACAUGAACAGAAAAAUACUACUCAAUUGCGCAGUAUGGUAGUGGAGAGAUUGUCAGAGAUUGCGCCUGACAAUGCAGACAUGGUGAAGGGGCUUUCUCAUUCCUUGAACACUGCCAUUAGCAAGAAGGAUGAUGUUACGAAAGAGACGCAGAAAAAAGCAAUGGACAUGUAUGUUUCUUUGGUGAACUCCUACGAAGAAACGACAUCAGAUGUCCCUCAACAGGCAGUCAAAGACAUUGCGAAAGUGCUGGUCACAGGGACAGUUAUGAUGAUGGAUUUCACUGAAAACGAAAAAAACAAAAGUCUGGUGAAGGAAUCAUCAGCUGCGCUCAUCAACUUAAUGGACAAUAUUAUGGGAACAUUGCAAAACAAACAUGUGACAAACUCACCAGGUUUGGACAUUGUGACGCCUGAAGCAACAAUCCAGGUUUCAAAGGUAUCUCCCGACAGGAUAGCUGGAAACAUGUUCGGGCCUUCCGCUGAAUCUAGCAAAAAAUAUACAGACACGACAGAAGUGACUAAGUCUGGCUUAAGCUUGCCGAAGAACGUAGAUCUCACUGAAGUCAGUAAUGGCUCUGUUGCCAUGCAGUAUAUGCACAUGAAGAAAAAUCCUUUUAACUGGGGAAAAAACACGGAGUGGGUUUUAACACCUGUCCAGUCUUUAAGUUUAAAAGAUGAACAAAAUAAACCAAUACCAAUGUCCAACCUCACGGAACCAGUCCGGAUAACAACACCAAUUGCAAGUAAAGGCCUGCCAAAGUCAAUCGCUAUACCAAUACGGUUCAGCAUACUGAAGAGGAAUACUACGUGGACGUUAUUUCCUAAGAUGUCGCAUUCCUGCUAUGGCACAUUCAAUCUAUAUCUGGAAAAGAACUCGCUUGUGUCUUUUAUUUUCACUCUUCCUGGAAAAGUAAAAUCCAUAAAUCUUGGCAUUGGUAAAAAUAUGCUUGUGGAUAAGAGUCAUAUGCAUGACAAAUCCUUCAAGUACCCAGAAGACAUUGUUAUAAUUGACAAGCUAUACGGUUGGCACUCUGAUGAGGAUGUUACGGCAGAAUUCGAGAAUACAACUUUGUUUGGGGGUGUCUUUCAAUUCAAGACCUUUACAUUUUUCUGCACAAGCUAUCUCGGUAGAUGUUGCUCUUCCAAUGUAAGUGAGUGCUUGGAAAUAUACAGUUACUGUUAUGGCAGAGGUCUUGUAAAUGUCAGCUCCGAAUGUUUAGCCAAGUUUCAGGAAAUAAUCAUUGAAUCAGAAGUGGAAAGAACACAAUCUGAUCAAGACAUGAAUGAUACACAAUCUGAUAAGAAAACCAUCAAGCAGAUUCUGCUGAGAAUGUAUGACUCUGAUGUGAUGCUCAACAAGACAGGCUCGUACCUGCAUAUUGGAGUGAGUCUUGACAUAGCACUUGCAGAGGUGAGGGACAUUUUAACAGAAGAAAAUCCAGGAUGUCUCGGUAAUCCUGAAAAGCCUCUGUGCCUGGCAGAAGUGGAGAUGAGCAUAUCAGUGUCUGUAAACAGCCUUGUGUGCUUAUACUGGGACGAAGAUAACGAAGAGUGGACGCCUAAUAGAGUUCAGGUUGCAUUUUCCAAUGCUGAUGAUACAUCCUAUGAGUGUCUAAGCACCCACCUGUCAGCUUUUGCCGGAACUAUAUUUGUGGCUCCAACUUCAGUUGAUCCUUUUGGUGAAGCAGAGUUAUUUCUCACGUUCUUUGAGAAUCCCGUGGUUGUCACGACAGUGAUCCUGGUCUGGGUCAUGUACAUCUUCUUUGUCCACUUGGCCCGCAACGCAGACAGAAAGGACUUGGAGCGAGUGGGUGUGGUCAAUUGUAAGGACAACCUCCAGUCUGAAAAAUAUCUGUAUCUUGUGUGCAUAGCAACAGGCUGGUGGAAACACGCUGGCACCACUGCAAAUGUUUAUUUCUACAUGACUGGCUCUGAGGGUGUAAGUGGGAGGAAGUGCCUCAGCUCUGCAGGCAGGAAGUGUUUCCAGGCAGGCUUUGAAGACUGGUUCCUGGUCACCACCUCACAAUGUCUCGGGGAAAUACAGUCUGUCACACUGUGGCAUGAUAACACUGGCAACAAUCCACAAUGGUACCUAAACCAGGUGUAUACCCGUGAUGUGCAGACUGGCAACAGCUGGACUUUCAUUUACAAUGAUUGGUUGGCAGUGGACCGUGGAGCUCUCCUUCAGAUUGCAACUACCCUUGGUGCUGUCACACGGGAGGAGGCUAGGCUGAAGACCAAGUACCACUUCAUGAUCAAGUCAAGCAAGGACCUCCGUGAUGGCCACCUGUGGUUCAGCAUCUUCUCCAAGCCCCCUCAGAGCCAGUUCACGCGCGUUCAGCGCCUCACGUGCACACUGUCUCUCCUGCUCACUACCAUGCUUACAAACAUCAUGUUCUAUGGAAUCCCAACUGAUGAUCCCGCUGAUCAGGUCGUGGCUGGAACCUUCAAAUUCAGUCUCUCACAGAUCGUUAUUGGUAUACAGAGCAGUCUGAUAAUGUUUCCAAUAAACUUGAUCAUCAUCCAGCUGUUUAUGAAAGUGAAACCCAAACCCCGGAAAUCUUCACGUAAACCCAGCAUUGCCUCUGAGGACAUUAAGACCAUAAUUGAUUCAUGCGGUGUCAAAAUAAAGAGAAUUUUCAACCACCUUAGCAUACAAAACCCUAUUAGUUUAUUGACAUUCAUCAAAGAAAUGCAGAAUUAUAGUAACAUUAGGCUGUUUCAUGAUAUGUUUCGUGAAGUAAAGGGAUUCGAGUGUGGCCUUGACCCAAAUCUAAUUGUUACUGAAUUUGUUAAUACCGUUGACAUGUUUGACUGGGAAUUGGCAGGCAAAUCCAUCGGUAUGAAUGUGCAAGUGGAUGACUCAGGCUCAUUCAGUCUGUCAGCGCCCAGUGCAGGACACACUGAGGUUGCAUACUCAUUGCAACCUUUUGGUUCCCUGCCACCUAGCUUUCUCAAUAAAGAUCAUAAAGUGUGUCAUCGCCAGGACAGGGUGCAUCGUAAUAAAAAACGGAAGCCCACUGUUUCUUUUGCACCUGAACUGAUGAUGCCUAUGGAAGACAUGACAAGUGGUGUCCACAGUGGAACUGUUAUUCAUGCCCCAGUCAGUAUAAGAAAGGAUACUUCCAGAAUACUGCCAUGGUGGUUCAUCUACAUUGCCUGGUUUGUAGCCAUCUCAACUUGUCUCAUAUCGUCCUACUUCACGAUGCUCUAUGGCUUAAAGUUUGGCUAUGCACGCAGUGUAGAGUGGCUCGUAUCCUUCUUUACAGGGUUGGUUCAAAGCAUCUUUUUUCAGCAACCCAUUAAGGUGCUGUGUAUGGCUGUUCUACUUACUUUGAUAUUCAAGAAACCAGCGGAGUUUGAUGAUGUGGAGGAACCUCGUGAACUGGAUGAUGAUGAAGAGUACUUGAAGGCAGUUACUGAAGACCCUGAUGUCCACCACAACCUUCGUCCCCCUUUACCAGCUCACCUUCUGAAGGCUAUCCGCGAGCGACUCGGGCUUGAGUGGAUCAUGGAUGUUGCCAUUCGAAACAUUAUCAUCCAUUUUGUGUAUUUGAGCAUCGUCAUACUGGCAAUCACUGGCCACAAGAACGUUUCCACUUGCUACGAGACCAGCCUUUCAGUCAGGAAAAUGUUUGAUGACAACAACCUAGGGUUUCAACAGGAAGACGUAUCAAUUCGUGAGGAUGUUUACUCCUACCUCCACAAGACUGUUGUACCCCUGAUGAGCAAGAUGUCAGACACUGCAGAAAGAGAACUCUCAAUGGCGUCAGAAUUUUUCCUUGUCGGUGGUUACAGGCUUAGGCAGGCAAGAAUAUCCAAAGGCGAAUGUGGACCAAUAUUCAUUGAAGGCCUUCCGCGAGGCUGUCAGCCUUCCUACUCCAUGUUUAUUGAGGACAGGAACAGAUACAACAUGUCCUGGGAGAACCUUAUUGAUCCAGUGAAUAAUGCUACAUCCAUCAAUCCCACGGCUAGUAUAGGCCCUUGGAGCUUUCAGUCCGCUUGGUCUCUGAAGACUCUGCCGUUUGCAGGCGUGAUUGAUACAUAUUCAGGAGGUGGAUUUGUUCUGGAAGUUGGGGCCAGGGAGGAUCCUACUGAUAAAAUUACUGGGCUUGCUAAAAAUGGAUGGAUUGAUGAUUACACCCGAGCUGUGUUCCUGGAAUUUACUCUUUACAACCCAAAUGUGGACAUAUUUACAGUCGCAAUAUAUUUAUUUGAAUUUACAAAUAGAGGCAGUAUUCACACUUCGAAUCACGAAUUUUCCACCCGUCUAUAUUACUACUCCUCAAGCUACGAGGUAUUCACAACCGCGUGCGAGGUAAUAUUUGUCAUAUUCAACAUACUGUUUGUUUUCUUUGAGAUUAAACAGUACAAGAAGCUUGGAAAAUCACAUUAUUUUUCAGAUUUCUGGACAGUAGUUCAACUCGGUCAAAUAGCUCUUGCCUUUUCACUGCUUGGUGUGUUUGUAUACAGAAGACUUACUGUAGCAAGUGUAAUGGCUGGCUUUGAAGCCUCUAACAAAACGUAUUUUAUCAACUUCUAUGGGGCCCUUUUCUGGGACUAUGUACUGACUUACGUUAUGGCAGCUCUUGUUACAGUUGUUAUCAUGCAAACCGUAAAAUUCCUUAGCUUUAAUAGGAAGAUUUUAAUUGUGGCUGAGACAUUACAUUUCAUGAAGGGGACCCUGUUGGCUUAUGCCCUAAUAUUUGGCAUCGUCACUGUCGGCUUUGCGUCUAUGACAUAUAUGCUGUUUAACAGCUUUUCCUCAUCUUAUUCUUCAUUCAACUCUGCUUGGAAUACAAACAUGCUGCUGUUGCUUGGUGACUUAGGGAUUUAUGAGCUUUUGUAUGAAGCAAGUCCUAUUCUAGGACCAGCAUUUAUAGUGACAUUCGUAAUGAUUUUACAGUAUGGCAUCAUAACGUUUGUGCAGUCAAUUAUAAACAUGGGCAGAAAUGUUACCAAUGCACGACGGAACAGAAUGAAAAAUAGAUUAGAGAUAAUAGAUUAUGUCUCUGGCAAACUUAAGGCUAUCUUAGAUAUUAAGUAAAACAUCCAGUGAAAAUCAUUUGUCGAACGACUGUUGAUUUAUUAUGUCUUGUAAAGGGAUACUGGUGUUUAAUCCACUACUUGAGUGAUGUAAAACAAAUGUAACUGAUGAUGUUUUAUCCAUGCCCAUCUUUUUGUUUUUUGUUUAGCUCGUCAAGAAUGUAUGUACCGAUUAUUUAAAUUUGAUCAAAGUGUAUGAAACAUCCAGGGUUGACAGGCCAAUUGUUUGUGUUGUUUUAUCAUGAUUGUUGUUCGGGGUAAAUCUUUUUAUUCUGGAAAAUAUUUUCUAAUAAAUUAAUGAUUUUCACACAAGAUUUUAGAACCGUAUGACUCAACACCAUUCCUCUAUGCUGACAUGAUGACUAUGUGUAGGUGUUUUCCUGUUAUUAACUUGCAAAUCUUUGAUUGGAACUUGCCAGAUUAAAUUACAAGCAGCAAAACUUAAAACACAUGUAAACCAAAAUAAACAACAUUUAACAGGUAUGGCUUAGAUUCUACCUUUCAGUCAAAGUCCGCACUGGCAUUGUAUUUACACUGAUUGAACUUGUUAAAUUGUUUUAAAGACACAAAUAUUGAUACAAGCGGAUAUAUGUUGUCAAUUGUUGAUGCUAAGGUCUGUGCCUCAAUUUUAUGCGAAAACGUCAUCAGAUUUUUGUAUAAAUGUUAUUUUGAUAAUGUAAUAAUUAACGGAAAAAAUAAUAAAUCUGCAGUUUUGAUAAUAUAUUCAAUGUCAUAUGUAUAUGCCUGUAUGGCAUUGACCUCUGUUGUCUAUAGUGUGUAUUAUAUGUAUGUUUAAUCACGGGCUGAAAGCCUAAUGUAUUAUAAAAUAAAACUUUACACUGUCAGAACUGUAAGGUGUCUAGUGUAUAAAUAUGUGCAUGAGUAGAUGAGAUGGUAUAUAUAAUUAAGCAUCGAGGUUGCUUUGUAUUUGUUUUGUUGCAGUUUGCAUUUUUAAGUAUUUUUCUUGUUAUUGUAAGUUGUGUUACAAUACAUUAACAAGUUUUGACUGAUCAUGUGUAUCUCUGUGUCUUGUAUACAGAUUGACAGUUGAAAUACAGGAUUUACUUGUCAUAUUUGGAGAAAGUUUAAAAUAAUAAUUGUCAUAUACAUCUCCCAUGCUUGUUCGUCAAGGUCACGGUAAGAGACAUACAUUUUAAUUUCUACUCCAUAGCAUUCGCUUUCCUUGGCGUAUUUUAAUAUUUCUUAAUAAUUUAAAUGAUCUUUAAAAGUCAUGUCUAAACUUCAAAAAAUGAAAAUUGUCAUAUCUGAAAGCUCGAGACAUUAUACAAAAAUCAUAGACACCGGUAGUUAUUGUACUUGUUUGUUUUGUUUACUUGCUGUACAUAUACAUUUAAUAUUACGAGUUGUGUUAUUACAAUGGAGGAGAAUACAAUUGCUAUAAUGUAUUUUUCAUGUGGUAUAUUGUUUUGCCCCCUUCGAAGAAGAGGGGGUAUAUUGUUUUGCUGGGUGUCGGUCGGUCUGUCGGUAGACCAGUUCGUUUCCGAUCUAUAACUUAAUAACCGAUUGGCUUGAUACUUCCCAUGUGCAUUGGCGUUAGACAGUAGAUUGCCCCUAGUAAAAGUUGGGUAACUAGGUCAAAGGUCAAGGCCAUUGUCACUUUAAGUGGGAAGUCGUUUCCGAUCGAUAACUCGUCCACUUCUUCACUGAUUGGUUUGAUACUUCCCAUGUACAUUGGCCUUGGACAGUAGAUGACCCUGUUGAAAUUGGGGUUACUCGAUCAAAGGUCAAGGUCUCUGUCACAAUAAGUGUGAAAAUCGUUUUCGAUCAAUAACUCAUCAUUGAAUAGACCGAUUUGCUUGAUACUUAUCAUGUGAAUUGGCCUUGGACAGUAGAUGACCCCUAUUAACAUUUGGGUCACUAGUUGAUGUUUGAGUCUAACUUAAUGACUUACAGAUUAAGUUUCAGUUUCUUUCCGAACCUUUGAUUUUUGGUAUAUAAUACCUCCGGAUUUUUUUCCGAAACUCUUUCAGAUUCUUCCCUGAUUUUGGGGUGCGCGUCUGAAGGCAAGACGUUUAAUGAUGAGUUUUGUUUUAAAGUAAAGGCUUAAAACCUCAGUGUUUCACUAUAUUCUAUUAACAUCACUGUUAAGUAUGCUAUUCAGUUAUUUUACAGUCCAAGGCCGUAACCUUGUCAAAUAUCAUUGAACCAUCACUUCAUCAUGAUGUUUUAAUUGGGAUAUAGCUGCAGUGUGGCUUCAAAGUGAAGUAGGGGACAUAAUGUUUCACAAACACAACUCUCGUUUAUAUUGUUUUGAAAAAUAUUCAUAUUAAAUGACAAAUGAGAAACAAUAGUAAGUACUAGCAGAAAAUCAUAUCAAUAUCAAUUUUGCCUUAUACUUAUUUAUAUAAAUAGUUGUAAAACCUUUUUAGUAGAAAUACUGUUAUUAUGAGUCAAUAUUUAAUAGUUCGGACAAUGUUUGUUGAAGAAUCAAUAGCUGGUUACCUACAUGUAGAUGAUACUUUUCUGUAAAUGUUCUUGUUUCGACCAGUUUAACGUGUUUCGAUAUUAAACCUUUAAAAUAAA